AGGCACCGGCACGGCGGUCCCUAUGGGGAGAUAUGUGGAUCUUGGAUUCCCGCCCGCUGGGGUCUCCCUUCGUUUCCCGUUUCUGGGUUUUGAUGCCAACCUGCCUUAUCCCUGGCGCCCGACUUUUCUCCAAAAAGCCAAAGAAUACGACUGGACUAUUGUAGAGACUGCAUGCAGUAGCAAGGCCCCCUUCCCCAGCACGCUAGUUGCAUGUACGACCGUGAAAAAGAAUUGGGCUCUUCCAACAAUCGGGGGAUUGUCACCUGAUGCAUUCCGACUAGGGAUGUGCAGACCGCCUAAAACUUAAAUCCUAUUUUUUGCUGGCAAUAGUUGUCCUGUCCCGUUUCGUCAUAGUGCCCUUUAAUUUCCCUUCAGAUGCAAUCAUGUUUCUUUCCCUCUUAAGUGUCGCCAGGAAAGGGGGAGGGUGGGUAAGAUUGGGA